AUGUAAACUUAUGAGAUCAUAAUUACCAUAGGGAAUUGCUUAUCAUUAUGUGGAGCCUUGGUGAUUUUCUUCUUAUUUUUCCAUUUUGAGAAAUUGCGUCAGGGAUUUUUCUCUCACACGAUUAUUUACAUUACUAUAGGAUCAAUGAUUCAAAUAAUAGGCAUUCAAUUAUCAUCGAGCUACGGAAUGACAAACUGCAAAGUAUCAGUUAGUGUUUUGAUUUGUGGUUCAUUGAUAAUGAUAUUUUGGAGCACCAUAAUGAUUUGGGCAUUAAAAAAACUAUUUAAUGUAUAUUCAAAUAGGGGAUCUCUAUAAGAAUUGGAAAACAUGCACAAUCAAUUGAGAAACAAUGAGUUUAAACUGUUACUCUGUUCUUUUGGGAUUCCGAUCCUCCUGGCUAUUUGGCCAGCAGUCUUGGAUGGAGCUACAUCUGAAUAGCAGACAAAUAAUUUUUGUUAUCUUUACACAACUUCUCAUCAAACUUCAGCAGUAAAGAUUUAGGUUGAAAUCACUAAGUUGAUAGCAUGGGAAAUCCCGAUAAUAUUUUAUCUCAUCUACAGCAUGACAGUUCUGUACAACAUAAAGAAAUUGUAAAGCAUUCCAUAAAAUAAUAAUCUAGUUAUGAAGAAAUCAUUGAUGAAAUUAUAUUUGUAGAAGUCAAAAAAAUUGUUAAACGAUUGCUAGCUUAUCCUAUUAUCACAAUCCUUUGUUCUUUUUUAUUCACAAUUAUGGACUUAGAGACCUUCUUUAAUGUUGAAGUAAAUAAACUUCAAUUCUAAGAUAGGAGGAAUCCAAAGUACAAUAAGUUGGACUAUGCUAUCCUUAUGGGAAUUCUUCAACUUCUUUGCCUACAUUUCAUAGAGUAGUGUCCAAGAAGAGGUUUUCAGAGGAAAUUCUAAAGAACAAGAAUUGAAUCCCUUGCUCCCACAAGAUCUAGAGGAAAGUAUCAACGAAAGAGAUUACUUUUAUUAAAUUAACUCAAAUAUGCAAGAAUCUGGCUAAUAAAAUAAUUGA